GUCAUUUGAAGAGCAGAUGUUCUUUGUCCGUUAUGUAAUUUCCAUUCCAUAUUUCAUGUCAAACAACAAAAUAACUGCUUUGUUUUCGUUUGCAAGUUCGUAGGUUGAUUUUCUACGUCAAACAGAAAAGCAAAUUCCCAGUUGAAUCAGCCUUUGUUUACAAAAUAGAACUGAUUAUUGAGAUAAAGUGAAGAAGGCAAUUUAAAUGUUGCAGAUAUGGCAAACAUAAUCCCAUCAAACAGUUCCAAACAGCCUAUGAAGGUAUUAGAAGUGCCUUUGAACAAGUUUUCUGAUGAGGUAGUGCCCCAUCAUCAGAAUGUAUUCGAGCAGUACAAAGGGGGAAUCCAAAAGCUGGUUGCACUCAAUAACACAAAGCAACUCAAAAAAGAAAUAAAGGAGAAGAAGCGUACAGUGAAACAGCUUAGAGAUUUAAUGUAUGAACUAGAUACAUUACGAACACAAGUUGAGGAUGAAGAUUUAGAUAAAUUUGACAUCAAAACACUUUCACUUAGAAAAAUAAUCAUCAAUUUAAUCAAUGGUUAUACUGAACUAGAAAAAUCCGCGGAAAAAUUAAUACAGGCAGAAGAAAUAAAGAUAACAUCUGAGAAGGAAAAUUGCAAUCCAUUUGAAGGAGCUUCACAACUUCAACUGCAGGAGAAUCUAAAUGAUUUGAAGUUGAAACAACAUAGAGAACAGUUAGCUAGGGUGGAAAAUAUAAAUAAAGAUGUGGAAGACUUGCAUGAGAUAUACAGGGACCUGCAUGGAAUGGUGGAGACUCAAGCAACUCAUGUAGAUCAAGUUGAGGAGAGUGUAGAGAGUACUCAAAAGAAUGUAGAAGGGGGUUUGAAGCAUCUAGUUAAUGCUCACAAAUUAAAGGCAGUGGCAUAUCCGGUUACAGGCGCUUUUCUGGGUGGCAUGCUUGGUGGCCCGGUCGGCCUGGUGGCGGGACUCAAAGUAGGAGGAGCAGCGGCGAUAGGCUGCGCCAUCGCUGGAUACACUGGUGGGAGGCUAUUUGGUAAGUGGAGAGGCGCAGAAAGUAUUCAAGAAGAAGCGGACAAAGAGGCAGAGAAGAGGCAACAAGAAGUAACAGUAGUGGCAGAAAAAAAGGACAUUUGACAGACGUGUUAUCCAGGGUGUUAUCUUUGUUGAAUUAUCAAAGAUAUGUUUAUCGAUAUGGGAAUCACGUACUUGUGUACAUAGAUAGCUGAAAUUUUGGUAGGCUCUUCAAAUGGACUUAUUUUUUAUUACAGAAACUGCUAGAGUAAAGCAAGCAUUAGCACGUUUUGAAUUACAUUUUCUUAUUACAGAAUACUGUUUUAAUGUAUCAUCUAAAGGCAGCAAAAAUACAAUUCGGCUUAUGAAAAAAAGAAAUAUAUCAUGCUUAGACGUUUGAUUUUCGAAUUCUGAUCCUGCUACUAUUUUGGGCGUUUCCUAUUGUAAAUGACAUCACUCGUUUAGAUAAAACAAGUGUACAUAUUUUUGAUGUUUAAUUGUAAUACAUCACUUUAUUUUUAUACCUGCGUUUGUAGUAAUAUAGCCGAGUGUAGUUCAUAAGCUUACAGGAAGUAAAUAGCAAAUUACUCUGAGCAGUGACCAAGAGUAAAGAACCAUGCUAAUAUGUCUGACCACAAGAAGGUUUAGUUUAACACUAUAGGAAAUUUAUAUUUAAAAUCAUGAAUAUUAUGGUUAUUAAUACGAUCCUCUUACUCAAUCCGGCAACGCUCUAUUGACAUAAUAUGACAUUAGCGUACACUGCCUCAGUUACAGCGACGUGCGAUAACCUAUUAUGUUCAUUUCUUCUCUGUCACACCCUCUUUAUCAAAUUGGUGAAUCCAGGAAGACAUUAAUCAUAGUAGUAUAAAUGGGGCUUUCAUAUUGUUAAGCUUAGGGUCACAGUGAUCUUUUUCGUGUGUGAUAUCUAAGAUUAUAUAAUACUUUUACUGGCGUUUGAUUUGAUUUAUAAUAUUAAUAUCCUGAGAAACAGAUCUGAUGUAUCAAACGAUCCAGAAAAUGUAUAUGCAUAUUUGUUAUUUUGUGAUAUGCUUGACUUUAGUAAUACAAAGCUGUUUUUUGUAAUCAUUUUUCUAGGUUCAGGAUCUCCGGGAAUGUUCAAUUCUUUAUCAACUACCAUGGAGUAUUUUUACUUUUUGUAGAUUAUUAUGAUUCACCCCAGAUACUGCACAAUAUAAAAGGAUUAGUCGUAUCUAAAAUGUAAUGCUAGUAAGCUACAUACAUUGUCUGACUUUUAUUUUAUUUAUAUUUAAUAGGCUUUGUGAAUAGGCACUGUGAAAAAAAAUCAUGAAUAAAUAAUAGUAAUCCUUAGCUGAGUUUGAUUGAUGUGUUUCCCAAAUGGAUUAAUAGGUAUUCCGUGCAUCAUAUAAUAUAAACUGUUCUACAACAUAAGGUGUUAAAUUCAAUGAAAUAUUUUCCACCGCAAUUAUAGCAAAAUGAGUUUAUUGUGGCUACUAGGGGUGAUCUGCUGCAUUAACCUAAUUGAGUGUCUGCCACAGACAAAUAAAAGCAUUAACCUACAAAGUAAGUACUUAUAUUGCCUAUAGUAUUCGCAAGGUGUGCUAGGUGCAUUUUUAUGCAGUUAUGUAUAUUUUAUAUGAAAUGUGCAAAUUUUUUUAUAUAAAUCUGCGGGGCCAAUGGAAUUUGUUCUCAGAAGUGCUGCUUAAGCAACACCCUUCUCCUCCGCUCGUCUAUUUUUAAUCACCGACAGAUGAAAAAAUUCCUAAGACCCCCUAGACCAAUUACUAAAUCCGCCACUUCUCGUUUGCCAAAUGAAAUUAGCAUGUAUAGUAGUGAAUGUUAAAUUAUAGUCUUAUGAACUAUAUCACUAACCGGUUAUAAUUGCUGGAUACACAAUAGGUGCGGUGGAAUGAGAUGAAAUCUCUGCACACAAGCAAAUGGCUGGGGUCGAGGGGGAGGUGUUUCUUACUGAUGUUAGUAUAAUCUGUUUUCAGAUGAAGCAAAUACUU